AUGCAUGCCGGGGCAGCUCAGCCGCCAUGUUGGUGGUGGGUUGGUAUUUAUGAGAUUUCUGGGUAGCUACUAAAAUAGUUUUCAUCCUGACUGGAUAUAUUCUGGAAAGAAAAUACACUAAACCAGUAAAUACGGAGAGUUAGUUGUUUGCCGUGAGGAGAUGAAAGAAAUGUCAGCCAACAGUGUUAUGCUGGGGCCUCAGCCUCAGCAGGCUCAGAAGCAUUAUGGGAUCACUUCUCCAAUUAGCCUGGCUUAUCCCAAAGAUGUGGAUGAUAUUUCUACUCAGAGGUUGAUUGAAGCCUUGAAACCAUUUGGAGUAUUUGAAGAUGAAGAGGAAUUAAACCACAGAUUAGUUGUUUUGGGUAAAUUGAACAAUUUAGUUAAAGAAUGGAUAGCAGAAAUCAGCGAAAUUAAGAAUCUACCAGCAUCAGUCAUCGUAAAUGUUGGUGGAAAAAUAUUUACAUUUGGCUCAUACAGGCUCGGAGUUCAUACAAAAGGUGCUGAUAUUGAUGCACUAUGUGUUGCUCCACGUCAUGUAGAAAGGAGUGAUUUCUUCCAGUCAUUCUUUGAAAAACUAAAGCAACAAGAAGGAAUCAAGAACCUGAGGGUAAUUUAUUUCCUAAGUAUUGUACACUGUUGA